AUUAUCCACCCUCAUGCUCUUGCUCAGCACUCUUCUGUUCUUGGGUUGACGCACAUAUAUAUGUUGGUUGAAAGAGGGCAACACUCCACAUCUCCUAAAGGCUGACAGCUCCAAGAAGAUUCCCUGAUCUUGAGAGCUGAAGAACACAGCCAUGAAGAGCUUGAAGUUCCUAGCAGCCGAGGGCUUUUUUCAAACUGGCCCAAAUGCAUGUAAGAACCUCCACUGCUUGUCAUACAAUCUCUACCCAAUCCUCUUCAAAGCCAGCUAUCUGCGUGAAGAGGCCUCAAUGCUCCACGUCUUGGUCCGGACAUGGCCUCUGAAAGAACUCAACUUGCGCAAACUAUUGGGCAGGACAGUUGACUGUCCAGAUGAUCUCAUGUCCUGCACCUGCAGGCUCUGUCUGGAGGCCAUUCUCACAGGUCUGAGGGACUAUGUGCUUCAAGCUCCAAGCAUGUAUACAAAAAUGCUGCGUGUGGUGGAUCUAAUUGGUCUACAAGACAUAGAACACCAGGUCUGUCCCUGCAGACAGACUCUUGGCCGCUGGGCACGAACUGAACUACUUACCCGCAUGUGCUACGAGACUAUGGUGUCCAUGCAGACCGGCCAAGCAGCACCAUCAGCAUUUGAUGUGGAGGUAGAUGUCCGUUUUGAUGCUUUUGUUACUGGACGGAACUACGAGGUGGUGGCUCAGGCUCUGCUGCUGCACAGACAGUGCCCGUUAAAACUGCACUUCGUAGGCCUGCGUGUGGACUCACUGAGCCUCCGGAACCUCUUUCACCUCUUGAAGCUGGUGGAAUCACAUAGACUGCAGAAGCUGGAAGUGGUGCACAAUGUACAUCUGGAGGCUCCACACAUUGAGGUAUUGCUCUCCCAGCUGAAGUUCCCCCAGCUGCGCUCGCUCACGUUUCCUGCUCAGGCUUUGAAUGUACACAGGUUGGCUCUGGAAGACGAAGGCCUCAUGGGAGUUCUGGGUGAGCUGAUGAGCAAGCUGACUGAACUGAGAGAGCUCUGUCUGGGGUUCUGCACUCUUACAGGGCAUCUGAGGAAGCUGCUGAGUCCACUGAACACUCCGCUGCAGUGUAUCGAGUUAGCAAACUGCAGUCUUAACGCAGUGGACAUGGCCUACUUCGCCAACAGCCUGCACAGUGAGCACAUAGUAAAGCUGGACCUCAGUGGUCAUGAGGUAGCUGACCUCUUCCCCAUCACCUUCCGGAAGCUUCUGCAUCGCUGCUGUGCCACACUCACUAGUGUAGGUCUGGAGGAGUGUGGACUGGAUGAUGACAAACUGGAUCUGCUCACCCAAGCACUGAGACCCUGUCACAGGCUACAGGAACUGAAGAUCCUGGGUAAUCCACUGAGCACAGCUGCUCUGCACAAUCUUUUUAAUAUGCUGGCUCUGGGCUUUCCUGCAUUGAGAUAUAUUGAGCUGCCCGUCCCACGUGACUGUUAUCCUGAAGGUGUAACCUACCCACUGGAUGAAAGCACGCUGAUAAAUUACGACAGGGAGAAGUUCCAGCAAGCCAGAACUGAACUUACUGGCAUCCUAGAGAGGGAGGGAAAAGGACAUAUAGAAGUCUGCACGCCAUUAUUUGGAGCCUAUGAUCCUGACAUCAACGAGACGAGCAAUGAGCUGGGAGUCUCCAUGCUGCACUCCUUCAGCAGUGUCAUAGGCAACUUCAUUGACACAGUCAGUGUUACCCAACAGAGAGAGCAACAAAGCAAUGAGCAGUGAAUCAGUAUAUUAGAAUGAUUUCUGAAGGAGAAACGGCUGCUGAAAAUUCAGCUUUGCCAUCACAUGAAUAAAUUACAUGUUAAAAUUAUAUUCAAAUAAAAAAGUUAUUUUAAAUUGGAAUAUUUCACAAUAUUACUUUUUACAGUACUUUUGAUCAAAUCAAUGUGGCUUUGAGCAGGAGACUUUUUUCAAAAACUUCAACAAAAAAAAAAAAAUCUCACCAACUCCAAAAGUACAGAAAGACCUAAAGCAUUAAUGGCUGCAAUUAACAUUUGCUGUUUAAAGCUUUAGAAAUAAUGCAUAACAUAAUAUUUGCAACACAAGUGUUUUAUAGAGAGGCUCACUGAAUAAAAGGCAUAACUAAAUGUGACUUUGUUCACUUAAAAUAUUAUAAUUAGUCAAUUUUGAUGUUCUAUAAUACUUACAAAAAUAAUUAAUAUGAAAAUAUGCAGUUAAGGCCUGGAUUUGUUAUAAUGUAAUGUUGAAAAGCUAGAGUUAUAUUUUAUCCACUGACAUUUAUGGCUGUGUAAAGCAUUGAUAACUUAUACUCAGUAUUUCAGUAUCAGUAGCGAUAUUAUUGACACUUGCCUUCAUUUAUAGUACUUGAAUGCCAUUAAAUACAAUGCAUGACAUGAUUUAUUUGUGUGAUUGUACUUUUGUAACUGAUGAAUAGUGAACUAUUUAGGUUAACUGUAGUUCAUUUUACUGUAUGAAUGUUUGAGAUUUUUAAUGUCAAAGUCACUAUGUAUUUGGUGCUUUUAGUGUUUUUUAAAGUAAGUCUGUAUUUAAAUAAACAGACUUAUCUUUGGAGUCUACUGUAUCAUCCCAUUAAACUUUGAAAGAUUUAUUGACUGUA